UUUCAUGUUCUCUCCUGUAACAGUGUAAGACUACCUCAUGAAAUUUUAGGCUGGAUAAGUUGUAUUGUAGGUCUAAAUAACUUUAUAUAGAAACCAUAAUUUGUCCUGUUUAAAACUACAGACAGGAGCUUAAUUCAUUGCCUUGUUUAAUUAUCAUCAUCUGUGAUGGCAUCCUCUGAUUAUGAGACUGGACAGAAAGUUAGUGCAGAUGGCAGAAAUAUUCCAGCCAUCCUGUGCCUCUACUGUGACACAACGAUCCUUAACCCCAACGCUGCCUCACACACAGCGCAGCAGCUCUGCCUUCCCACCCCCACACAGAAGAAGGAUGAUCCACAAACAGAAGAGUUGAAUGACUGGUGGAUGGUGGAAGACAUGUUCACAUUUGAGAACAUUGGCUUCUCAAAUACAGUGGAUGGCAAGAAAUAUUUGGUGUGCGCAAAUUGUGAUAAAGGACCUGUCGGCUACCACCACCUCUCCUCCAAGCAAAGCUUCGUGGCCCUCAAGAGAGUAAAGCACGUCAUGGAGAGCGACCACUGAUACCCUGCAUGCCAUUGCUCCUGUGUGGUCUUAUAAUGUCUUCAAUUUUUUAUAUGUUUGUGAUGGGAGAAAUAGUGAAUUUUGGUCCCAACAGUGAUGUACUUUUUGUUUAUGUGGGACAUUCUGACUCAGUUCAGCCUGACAAAAGGGCAUGUCUAUGCCUGCUCUCCGCCAUUGUUUUCGGUAAGAAAAUGAGCGGCUAUCUGGACUAUAUGACCUAAUUAUUUUUCUGAGUGUUGCUUUGUGAUUAUAAGGUCAAGACAUUACAUGAAAACUUGUCUUGAUUUGUCUGGUAUAAGUUAUUUUUGCAUACCAAAAUUGAAGCACAUGUUACAUAUCAUUCCCAGGAGGUUAUUAAAUGAUAUUUUCAUUUCAAAUAAUCCAUGCACCUUCUUUCACAGUACUCUCACAAUUGAUUGUAUUAAAGCAUCGCAAUGUUAUUAUUUUGUUUUCUUGUGUGUCACCAGUUCAUAAUUAGGAAAUUUCUUAAUGCGAGUCUUCUUAUUAUGUACUGUGGCAACAAAUGAAUGAAUGGAAUGUUAAUGGAACCCUGAAGUUUUCUCUCAAUUUUAUGAAGAUUGAUAUUAAACAAUUGAGUCUUUGUUUCAUAAAUGAUAAAAUGCGCUAAAAACUAAAAUUUUGCAAUGAAUGAACUGUAUUUCUACUAUCCUUGAUCUCAGGUUAUUCAGAAUCAUUCAAUGACUGCCUCCAUAGUGGCUACCGGUACUUGCUACAAAAGGUGACUUUUGGAAGGUUUCUUAAUAUCCUGAUGUUUCUUAUCCGAUUUAUUUGCAUAAUGCCCAUGAUUACCUGGGUAAUUAAGUAUGUGUACUUGUCUGUGCGUGAUGAAAUUCUUCCCGGACUUUAUAAUUUUUUAUUCACUUUAUUCUCUUAUUUUCCUUUGUAUGAUAUUGCAUAUACAUUUUAAUAAAGUCCUCAAUAUUUGCUCUGUGUUGUGAAAAAUAUUUUUUGGUAGUAGUAAGAAAUAAGUAACUGCUAUGGGAAAUGAGGUUUGCAACUGACAACUUAUUAACAAAAAUAAGAUUUUUGUGUAAAUAAUAUUAUAUAUAGAUAGUUAGAGGACAAUUUCCUGUGGGCGUUAUUCAAGAAGGAUGGACUUAAAGAGUGAAUCAAAUGCCAAAAAUAUUUGUAAUUUUGUAUAUAUUUAUAUUCUGCCAUGUACUGCUAGUGUUGUCCACUCCUUCCAUAUGAAAAUGGCUCUUAUGAACUGCCAUUUGAUACUAUUGUAUUUAUUACAUAAGAAUGUGGGCUGUAAUGUGUGCGGUUUAUUGAAGGUUUUCCCUCUCUUUUGUAGAUUAUUUUUUCAAACUAUCAACACCUUCGUGUUUCAUAAUUUUAUUGUUUCAUAAGCAGGCUGAUUUUAUAUCAUAUUAAAUAAUAAAGUGCUGAAAAUGCUUGAUAUCAUUAUGAUCGGUCUUCUAGAGUUUACCUAUUCAUUAGAUCAGUAAAGGUUAAUAGGCAACAUUUAAGUGAUGCAGUUGUGUUCUCCAGCUUUGUGAGGCAGUUUUAUUCUCCAAUAUAUAAUAACGCUUUUCUUUAUUUAAAAAUUCGUCCUGUAUUGCUGUGAGGAUAUGAAUUCCAGAAGGAUUUCUUGAUGACCGCCCCACCAUUGUACUCGUGUACUUCUGAACUCCGCACUGGAGCUGCUCAACUCACCCCUCCUUCAUUCGUUUAUUUUUUUCAUACAAUAUUAUAUUUUUUAUAUAAUUUUUUUUAUUCAAAAGGUCUUUCCUGUGUUUUAUAUUCACACAUUUCUGGUACUCAAAAAUUUAUGACAAUCGAUACUUUUUCGACAUUAUUGGGGUUGAAAAUAUCAUAUUUUAUUUUCGUGACUUCCUCUUGCAGUAAAUUUUGUGUCCAAUGCCCUAAUAUUUCAGUCAUUUUGACUGUGAGAUAAAUUUUAUUUUCCGACCUUUUAAAGAGAAUUUGAUUUACCGAUAUACUUGCCUGUGCAUCUCCUAUUUUACCUUUCAUCAAUGUUAUCCCAACGCGACUUUUGAUUUAGGCUAAAAUAUGUAACACAAAACAAUUUUUCACUCAAACAUGCGUUUUUUCUGUGGCAUUCGUUGCCUGAUGACAGUGAUUGCAAUGCUCGUAUGUUUUCUUCAACUCGAAAUCGAGGUUGUAUCUAUACUCCUGUGUGCUUGUGAUUGAUUUACUUGCAAUUUAAUAAUAGAUUUAUAAUAUUUAAUGAAUUGAAAGUUGAAAGCUGAUUGCAUGUAGGUAUUUAAAGUAAAUCAUGGGCACCACGACUGAGGAUGACGUUUUCAUUAAGUAAUUUGCAAAAAGAUUUAUUUAGAAUGUAGUAUGAGUUUCAAUUUAUUUAAUUUGAAUGUUGCUUUGGCUACUAAGGUUUGGCAAAGACUUGUCUCACAAAUGACGUGAAGAUCAUAACUUAUUGCACGUCCCUACUUAGCGAUAAUAUGAUACAUAAAAAUGGUGGACCUCUGAUUCGAUACGUAUUAUGGAACUAUUUUAUGAUUUUUAUGGAUUUGGCGCAAUUUGGCUUUUAAUUUAUAAUUGUCUAUGCCGUUGAUUUUGUUCAGUUGAAGGUGAGCAUUGAUUCGUGAACCUUGUAUGCAUUUUACUUUUAAUAAAGAACGAUUUAAA